GCGCCGGAAGAGGCCGGACCUAAUAUGGCAGCGCCCUCGGGGGUCUGGGAGAAGCGCUAAUGUCCACCAACGGAGCCGUAUGGGGGCGCGUGCGGAGCCGUCUCCGAGCCUUCCCGGACCAUCUGGCGGCCUGCGGGGCUGAGGCUUCGGCGUACGGCAAGUGCGUGCAGGCCUCCACCGCCCCCGGAGGCCGCCUGAGCAAGGACCUUUGCGUGCGCGAGUUCGAGGCCCUGAGGAGCUGCUUCGCCGCCGCGGCCAAGAAGGCCCUGAUGGGCAGCACCUAGGACAGCUGUGGGCACAGCUGCGGUACGGCACACGCCGAGCGCUCCGGGCACUGAAAGGAGGUGUGGGUGGUGGAGUGUUUGUUUCUUCAGCUUGAACCCUGGGCAGGGCAGGGUGUGUUUACCAGCAGUGUGUGUGUGUGUGUGUGUGUGUGUGUGUGUGUAUCUGGAGUCGAUUAAGAUGUAACAGAAACAGCAAUGAAGGUUAUUUAAUCCUG